CCUUGCACCUGCUAGUCCUGCCUGAGAGGGAGUAUAAAACCCUCUGUGUGCAGCAGGGCCCCUGUGCUGCCCCUGGCACUGGGCUUGGGAGAAGGAGAGGAAGCUGAGCUGCUUUCAUCUUUGGGGUUUGGAGUCAAGGUCUCUGGAUUUGUCAGCCUUGCAGGCUUCUGGACACAUCUCCUCUCAGCCAUGAGGAGAUCAAAAGGAUUUAAUAUCUGUGUGCUCACCUGCAGCAUCCUGCUCUUGUCCUCCAGCCUGCCAUGCCUUGCUCAGCCUCUGGAGGAGGGGGAUGUGACCAAGGUCCAGCAUGGCCCCUGGGCAGGGAACGGGCUGGAAGGUGAAAGGACAGCUAUGGUGGACUUGAAAAACAAUCUGGGCCCUUCUGAGCAGACAGUUUCUGAGGAGCCAUGUUCAGUGUCAGUGCAGCCAGCUGGGACACCCUUGGAUGAAGCUGUCACUGCAGGAGAAGCACUCCCUGCCAGCCCGAGCCGUGCUGUGCCCAGCAGCCAGGGCCUGGGGGGCCACCCCUCUCCUGGGCAUGAGCAGGAGCUGGCUCCCACUGAGCCACAGCUGGAUGAGGAUGAAGCCCUCAGGGCCAUGCUGACCACAGCUGUGACCACGCUGAGCCCUCCAGUCCAGGAGGAGUCUGGUGGCCCCGCUGGUGAGGCCACAACCAAGGGUGGGGUGGCAGUGGAGCCCAGCUCUGCUGGCCUCUCAGCAAACCCCCUUUCUGGGACCACUGUGGAGGAGGAGGAAGCAGAGAGCAGCUCACAGCCCUCAGCUGUGCCCCAGCCCAUGCUGAGCCCCAGCUCUCCCAGCUGGGAAGCAGAAGGUGACCACCCUGUCACCCCAAGUGCCCAGGCUGCAGGUGUGACCUCUGGGCUGGAGAUGCUGAGAGCCCACACAGGGAGCCCUCUGAAAUCCCUGGCUCCACCAACAUCUGUGGCUGCCAAACAUCCCCUUGUGGCAACUGAGGCUUUCCUUCAACCAGAAGCAGGGACAGGUGUCACACAACAGGAGCUGCCCACUAUGGCUGGCACUGUCACCAUCCCCACUAUGGACACUGUGCCACCUGACUGGGAUGACACAAAACUGGGGGACAUCACUCAAGGGGGAAGCACGUUUCAUGAGGAGGUGACAGAGGAGCUGGGGACAACAGAACCAUCCCAGACCAUGCAGGAAGGUGAGGAAGAGGAUGCCACAAGAGCAGUGCCCUCCCCAGUGUUCCCUCCACCAGCGCCUGAGCUUGCCAAGGAGAGCAACUGCACAGUGCCAGUGCAAGGGGAGGAGCUGCCAGCAACUUCCCCAGGCAGCAGCACUGCUUUCCACCCUGGGAACCUGUCAGAGGCAGGCACAGCUGAUCUUGGCUUGCUGGAGAACAUAAGUGCAGUCCCAGCAGAGGAGGAGAGGAGCGUCCCUCCGUCACAGCCGGAGGCUGCUGUGGUGACAGAUACCCAGCCUGAGCUCUCUCCUACUCUGGAGAGUUCAUGGAAAGGUGCUGCUGAGGAGGUGACAACAGCUGCCCAGGAGGCUGUGACAGAGGCUGCUGCUGUGCCAGAGGUGCCUGGUGGCACCCAGGGAGCAGGGGCUGCCAGCUUUCCUCAGGAGAACAGUGGGGAGGACACCCAGAUGCUGACAGCUCCCAGUGCCACCCAGGUGCUGCUGGCAACUGGAGCUUCCUCCACAGGGAGCCCUGUGGAUGCAGAAGAUCUCACAGAUGGGAUCCUGGUCACCAGUGAGAAAGCUGUCCCAGCCCCUGGUGGGAUGUCCUCCACCCCAGCUGGACAGACAGAGGAGCCAGCCAGCAGAACUGUGGUCCUGGUGACUCCAGCAUCAGUGGCAUCCCCAGCCAGGAGAACAUCUGUCCCCUCUGGCAGGAGGACCAGCACAGCUGGGACCUACGGGCUGGAGCGCCUGGAGUCUGAAGAGGGUGAGGAAGAAGAAGAGGAUGAAGAGGAGGAAGAGGAAGAAGAAGAGGAGGAAGAGGAAGAUGAGGAGGACAAAGACAUAGACCUGAUGGAUGAAAGCAUGGAGGGUGACACGGAUCUGCCAGGCUUCACACUUCCAGGAGACACCUCCCAGGAGCCCCUGGCUGGCCUGGAGAACCCUGUGGCCCAGCUGGCUGGGGUGUCCUACCAGGUUCCUGACACCAUUGAGUGGGAGCAGCAGAACCAGGGUCUGGUGAGAAGCUGGAUGGAGAAGCUGAAAGAUAAGGCAGGAUACAUGUCAGGGAUGCUGGUUCCUGUGGGAGUUGGAAUAGCUGGAGCUCUCUUCAUCCUGGGAGCGCUCUACAGCAUUAAGAUGAUGAACCGCCGGAGGAGAAACGGCUCCAAGAGGCACAAAAGGAAGCAGAGGGAAUUUAACAGCAUGCAGGACCGAGUGAUGCUCUUGGCCGACAGCUCUGAGGACGAAUUUUGAGAGGAACUGCAGUGCCCUUGGGAGAGCCCGUGACUUUUCAGAGGAGGGAGAGAGGGGGAGAAGAAGAACAAGCGACUUUUCUGCUGCAGCGGUGCUCCCUCGGCUGCCCGGGCAGGGGUGGUGUCCCCAGCCCAAUGACAAUGACAAUGCUAUGCUCUACGUGUGCCACCCGUGGUGUUUGUUUUGAUACAGUAGUGGAGAUCUCACACUCGCCCCCGGCGCCUCAUUCAGAGCCACAGCUGGAGCUGAUCCAUGUGGAUGAUUAUUUUUCCUCUUGCCCUGGUGUACUGUUUUGGUCCUGGCUGGCAGUAAUCUAAUCAUAACAAUAGCUCUCACCCAUCCCAGGAAUGGAAAUCUUUACUGUGAAUGACUUCUGUCCAGUUCAUUUUAAAUGUUACAUUACCUGAGCUAGAGUUCCUUAGUGCUAAGAUUAGCUGCUCUGCUUAAUUAAUGAGUUGUAAGCCUGACCUGUGCCCCUGGCUGCCUGAGAAGUGCCCGUGUACAGGGCUCUUGAUACAGUUUGAAGCACAUUUCUGCCCUUGGGUGCCCCCACUCUCACUCCUUUCUUCCUUCAGCUCUGCUCCACACUGCUUGGAGACACGCAGGAAUGGCCUCAGCAUUGAUUCCUCCUCAAAAUUCCCUGUCCAUUCCCAACCAGCACUGUCUGUUACAGCACAAUAAAUACCAGCACUCACCUACUGAUGGCUGCUCUUGCCUGCAUCUCUUGGCUUUUGCUCAGUGUGCAAGGAGGUGAGAGAAGAGGCAGGUCAGAGACUCCCCCAGCUUCUGCCUCCUUGUGGAAGGACACUAGCUCCAGGUUCUUCUCUUUCCAAGGCUGCAUUCCCAUAGGGAUGAGAGUGGAGCCUCUGAACCCCUUUACCCCACUGGAAAAUGCAUUUUCAGCCCCUGAAAGCUGCGUGAACAACAGCAGCUUUGGGGGAUCUGGAUGGAUGGGUCUUGUCUCACAGGAUCACAGAAUGGUUUGGGUUGGAAGGGACUUCCAAGCCACCUGGUGCCAGCCCUGACACCUUCCACUAUCCCAGGUUGCUCCAAGCCUCAUCCAGUCUGGCCUGGAAAACUUCCAGGGAUGGGCAGCCACAGCUUCUCUGGGCAACUGGAUCCAAACCAUGGAAUGCAGAAAGGCACUAAAGCUUGGGGAGCAGGUGCAGUCACUGUUGAGGGAUUCCUGGCUAACAGUGGGAAAUCUCCAGCUGGAGAGAUGUCAGCUGUGGUGGGCGGUGAGAUGAUCCCACUGGGAACCCUUGGCUGUGGGGAGAAAGGUGAAUUCAUAGCACAGAUGGGUGCAGGGGGUUGUGGAGGUGCCCUGUUAGUCCUGAGGGGGCUGAGAGGGACACAGUGCUUGAGGUGUCAGAGGCAUUGAGCAGGGGAGAAUAAUGUAGCUUUGCCCAGAAAUGCUGUCAAAACAGCCAGGAAAAGGGCUGCACUAUUGAGCUCUGCUUCCCACUGUGGAAUUACUUUGAUCUGACAUGCAAAACAUCCGUGUUUCUGAGGUGGGAAUCCAUGUUUCUGAGGUGGGAAUCGUUCUGUGGGGAAUCAUCCUUCCUGCAAGGAACAGUGACUGAUGCCAGAGGAGAAGUGAGCAGAAAAGUCCACACAUCUGCUGAGAUUCAAUCCCUCUGAGCUCUUGGAGAAGUGGGAGGGAGGGGAUGUUGAGGAGGGACAGGAGUAGGAUUUGGUUCCCUGUGGAGGUGGAAAGGCCUGUCAGAUGGUGGGGAAAUGUCUUGUGGAAGUGUCAGUGGGAUUGCAAGGCAGGGAGGACUUUCAGGAGCCCCUCCUGAGGUGAGCUCUCUCUCUCGGGUCAGGGCCUGCUCUGGACAUUAAAUCAUCAGGUGUGA